AUGAUUCUGAUGAGCUUCUCGGCUGAGCAAAACGCCUGUGUUGAUCAGCGGGAAGAGAUCAGCCAGAUCUUCGAUCUUUCCACUCGUUAUCGAGAGCAAGGCACGGCUGAAUUCAGUCGUUGUUCUAGACCAUGGAAAUCAGGUUGCCGAAGUGCUUCCACCCCAAAGACGGGAUUACCUUUUUGUAACGAGACAGGGCUAGAGUGA